CAAAGAUGCUCGAAAACGCCAUAGUCGAUGACACGCUCAAGCAAUAUUUGGCAGAUGACCCUCCAACCAUAGUGCCUUUGGCCAUCAAACCACACUUCGAAGCCUUGUCCAAGCAGGAAAAGACCUAUGCGCAUUACAUUUCCCGAGCCGCGUUUGCUGGCACCAGAGUGAACCUGCGCCAAGUGUCGCCGGAGUCAGAAGCCAUCUACGAUUUCGUGCUCGCUCUCCACAAGAAAUGCAGUGGCAACUGGAAGCAGCUCCAGACAGAAGCCAACUUAUCCGACAACGAGUUGAAGGACUUCCUGAAUUAUGUUGCGCAGUUCCUGGGCAACACGGGCAACUUCAAGUCUUUUGGCGAUUCCAAGUUCAUUCCGCGUAUCAAGAAUGACAAGCUGGAAGCCCUGGCCAAGACCUCUGAUGAGGCUCAUGGACUGUACAAGCGAUUCAAAGGAGACCUCUACGAAUCCUCUUCGAUCGCCGCGAUGCACCUUGGUUAUCCAGAUCAAGGCCAUAUCUCAACGUACUAUCCAGAUUCGCCUAGUAUCACAACUGAAGAGAUCGCCAUUGUUAGCGACUUCUUCAAGGAUAUGGGACUGAUGCCUGAAAACACCAGAUUGCAGAAGAAAUCGGAUGGUAGCUUCGACCUGAAGAUUGCUUCCGCCGUAGCCGAUCCUGCACGUCGUGACUUGAAAGAAUCAGAAUGGACACUAUCGAGUGGACCACUCAAAGGAACGAAAGUCAGAUUGGCUUUCGGCGAUCACGCAGCAGAGAUGGGCAAGAUCGCUCGCAAUCUUGCCGAAGCCAAAAAGUAUGCGCUGAACAAGCAGGAAGACCUGAUGCAAGGCGAAUACGUAGCCAGCUUCCACGACGGCUCGAUGUUCGCUCAUCUGGACUCACAGCGACACUGGAUCAAAGACAAAGGUCCCAUGGUGGAGUGCAACAUCGGUUUCAUCGAGACUUACAGAGAUCCGCAUGGUAUCCGUGGCGAGUGGGAGGGCUUUGCCGCCAUGGUCAACAAGGAGAGAACGAAGGCAUUCGGAAAGCUUGUCGAAUCGGCUCCUGCUCAGAUUCCCAAGCUGCCAUGGGCUGCGGAAUUUGAGAAGGACAAAUUCCUCUCACCUGAUUUCACAUCGCUUGAAGUACUGACUUUCGCCGGCUCAGGAAUUCCUGCCGGGAUCAAUGUAAUGAGACAGACAGAAGGAUUCAAGAAUGUUUCGCUCGGAAAUGUUCUCAGCGCCAGCGCACCCAAAGAGCCCACACCAUUUAUACGAGAGGAGGACCAGGAUGUAUGGGACAAAUACAAAGACGAAGCCUUCGAGGUUCAAGUCGGACUUCAUGAGUUGCUUGGCCAUGGGUGCGGCAAGCUUCUCCAGGAGACGUCACCAGGCAAGUACAACUUCGAUGUGAAGAAUCCUCCUCAGAAUCCUGUCACCGGCAAGCCGGUAGAUUCCUGGUACAAGCCUGGUGAGACUUGGGGAACUGUGUUUGGAGGCAUGGGCCCUUCUUACGAAGAAUGCCGUGCUGAAAGCGUUGCAAUGAGCUUGUGCCCUGACUACAGCAUCUUGCAAAUCUUCGGAUUCGGUGACGGCAAGGAAGAUAUCAAUGGUGUGGCUGGAGAUGUCCUUUUUGUCUGCUAUCUCCAGAUGGCUCGCGCUGGAGUCGCUGCACUGCAGUUCUGGGAUCCGAAUGCACGGAAAUGGGGACAGGCUCAUAUGCAAGCACGUUUCGCCAUCCUGCAGGUCUUCCUAGAGGCUGGAAAGGAGUUCUGUGAGCUACGCUCUACGAAAGACGAUCUAUCAGAUCUCACCAUCUUCCUGGAUCGAACCAAGAUCGAAUCUCACGGCCGUCCGGUUGUCAACAAGUUCUUGCAGAAGCUGCAAGUGUUCAAAGCGACUGCUGACUUCACUGCGGGCAAGAAGCUAUACGAUACCUACACCAAUGUGGACGAAUGGUACGCUACAAAGCUGCGGCCAGAAGUAAUUCGACAGGCAAAGCCGAGAAAGGUCUUCGUGCAAGCCAACACAUUCCUGGAAGGCGACAACGUGGUCUUGAAGGAGUACGAAGCUACGCCAGCAGGUAUGAUCCAGAGCUUCGUGGACCGAGACUACAUCUAGAUGGCGCAGAGCAGUACACACGCCGUUGAUGGCCAAUUGGUGCGAGACAGGACUUGGUGAGUGGUGCGCAAAAGUAUGCCAGGUAGCAUUUGUGACCGUUGAGUACGUACUUAAAUUCAGUACUGUCGACGGCUUUCC